AUGGCAGCAAGAGAGAGGAAGAAUGUGGCUGUGUAUCGCAGCGUUUCUCUAAAAAAGUUGGGGUCCUGGAGCGCCAACAGGAGUGAAGAGCAACAACACAAAUCGGAGGAUUUGGAGGCAGCUGGCGUCGCCCUUCCCCCGGAGCCCAGCAAAGCAGAACAGCCCUUAGCAACGCGUAAUGUCAGUGUGUCACGAAAAGUUUCCAAAAUCUCUGCCACCUCCGCCGCCGCCGGCCUCUCGACCGCAGAUCCAAAGAGGAACUCCUCUAUUUCUCCAUCCAUCCGACAGCUCACCGAGAGGUUCAGCAGCAGCGGCUCCGCCGGGACGCACAGAGCCUCCUCACCCGGAGACGGCGCAGCAGUGACGCCGGGGAGCAGCACUCUUCCCCGGGCCAGGGGCUCCACGGGAGACCGGUCACCGUCUCGUGAAUCUUUUCGCGAGGACAGCGGUGGUGGAUGUUUGCAGGAGAGUGAUGCUACCACUGCAGAGUCACUGACGGACAACACAGUGCAAAAGUUUCACUCCGAAACCGACUCCGUUUCAGGCUCGGACUCGGAGAAGAAACGCGAGAGGUGGCAUUUUAAACGUGUAUCAACCGACAGCAACUCUGGUAAGAGAGAUCAUUCACAAAUCAAUGCAUGUGCCUCUGAUCCGAGAAAGACUUUGACUACAGAUGAGGAAGAGGAUGUUACCAUUAGAGGGGUUCCCCCACCCUGUAAAUCUCACAGAAGUUAUGCCGUUACACACCACAGUGACUUUAUUCCCCUGCACUCUGACAAGUGGCCUAGUGUCAACAAAAUUAGACAACUUUUCGACGAGAGUCAAGGCACAAAGCACAAGACUGACUCCUCUGAGAAUUUAAAAGCAGUCAGCAGAGGACAUUUACAUGAGCUCAGCCCCGGUGAGAGUGCUCUUCUCUCGGACAGAAGGGACAAACUCUCGCCUUGCAGUUCUGCUAAUGAAGCUAGUAUCCUGUCUUUGCAUGGCAAAUCCAUAGUUGGAGCUCAAAGCACUGUCAAAGAUAAUUGUUAUCUCGGCAUGGACUUUUAUUCCAAAACUGACCACCAGCAGCACUCAAAUGAUGAGGAGGCAGACUUGGAGACACAAAGUUCUCAUGACAUCAAAGUUUCUGGUGUAAAUACUUUUCAAAGCGGUCGCAGUAGCAGCCGUAGUUGCACUGGCGGUAGUCACUACCAGAGGAUUAACCCAUCUCCAUACAGAUCUCAUAGUCCAAGCACUGAGUCAGAGGCUGCCCGCAAGACCCUUAGGACGACAAGGCUGACAUCUGACCCCGGCCCUGACCUUCAACCUCCUGCUACUUUGUCUUGCAGUCGAUCGGAGAGCUUGGACACCUCCUCCUGCUCCUCCUCUCUUCAGCGGCCAACAGUGAGGGAGAGAAGGGAUAGACAGGGGGUCGGGCUGCCCAGGGAUAGUUUACAUUCCUCACAUAGCUCUUCUAGAGCACCAGCCCCCGCCCCCUCCUCCCCUUCCUCUGCUCCAGGUCCAGAUAAAUCCAUUACCUCCUCCUCUACUUUACCUCUCUCCACCGAGCUAAGAGCCCCAGCAAGAGUUGUCUCUCCCCUCAGCUCCCGCUGGAGGUUUAGCUCUGGAGACGAAGAGGAGGAGCACAACAGGAGAAGAAGAGGAGGUGGAGGAGACGGUUGGAGUGUUUCUUCUGGCCCAGCUCCUUCCAUCUCCUACAGAGCAGGAGAAAGGGCCACCACUGAGCGAGGAGGUAGCUAUUUAUCCCGCAGUAAAAAUGGCUGGUGGGGUGCUAAGGGCAUUGGUAGGUCCUCAGGCAGUGAGGAGGACAGUCCUGGUUCUAUAGGCCCCCAAAGUCGAGAGGCAGUGCGCCGCCGCUCGCUGAGAAAGAAGAAGAAGGUAAUUGGAGCUGCUUUUGCAACAGGCCGUGAUGAUUGCGAUGAUCAUGAUGGCGAAUCAGAAGACAGCGACUGUGAUACAACCUUAACAAUGGAGCAUUUAGAGAGGCAACACAAGCAAAACACAGGAGGAGAAUUUGUGGGAACAGCAUCUCGGAGCCCCUCUGCAAGAGAACCUAGCAGUCACAGUAACAGAGCCAGGGUGCAGCAAUGGGAACGCAUCUCCUCAUCUGUGACAUCCACAGCACUUCCUGGUGUAUCACGAGUGUCAAAGGUCAAUAUUCCACCUUUUGUUUCCAGUCCUGGUGGUUCACUUUGCAGCAGUCAAUACUCCAGCACUGAGACACUGAAGGAGGAGGACCAGGCUGGCUGCACCAAACGUGCAGUAAAUGUGUUUUCUAACACCGGUGGAAAAGAAGGCAACACUAGCAGAACUGCUUCCUUGUCCGUGCUGAGUAAAACAUACCAUGGGAAUUUUACCAUGUACCGUUCCCCAAGCUUUGGUCAUGGGGAUAACUACUCUCGUACCCCUGUGCGGGUGCGCCCCAAGAUUGUGCCUUCAGUCACCCCCUUAUCUAGUGUACUUGCCAGAGAAGGUGGGGCAUCGGCAGGAGUUAGGGGUAGUGAGACUGCAGCAUUAUGCCGCACAAAAGGUGGGGAUGGAGUGGAUGAUGAUGAUGAUGAUAAAAACCAAAUAUCCAUCUCCAACCCUGAUAUCACCUCAGAAACUAUGUCACUCUUAAGCUUUCUGAAAUCUGACCUGUCAGAGCUCAAAGUGCGGAAAACAAGUGGAGACAAAUCCGGGGUCUUGGACGGGUACAGGAUGGGCUCACGGAAUCAAAGCAGUAAUCUGCUACCUUCUGGUCGUCGGCCGUCACUGAAAGACCUAACUGCCACCCUGCGGCGUGCAAAAUCCUUCACCUAUUCAGACAAACCUACUACAGCAGUGAGGUGUUACUUGACAGGUGGCGCCACAAAGAGGAGCUCUUCUGAGCAGCAGCUUGAUUUGGAUGGAGAGGGUGAUGGACACAGGGUGUUGGUGUCAGAGAGGGAAGUAGAAAGUGAUGGGGGUGAUUUUGGGGUUGGGAGACGACAAAGAAUGAGGGAUUAUGGAUUUGAUGAUGAUGAAGAGGAAGGGAUGCCAACUCCAUUGCAGGAGAGGUAUGUGCAGGAAGCCAGGCAGGUCAUUCGAGAUAUCUGCCAGAUGAGUACUAGAGAAGACGAUGACGUAGAAGUGAGGAGAACUGACGAUAAUUUGGAAGAUGAUUGUUUCCAGGUCAAGAAAACAAAUGAGGAAAAGGAGAGAGCACGAGUGAGUGUUGAGGAACAGGCAAGGAUGGCUCAAGGGGCUGAGUUUAAAAACACAAAAGACAGGGAUAAACAUGAGAGGGAGAGAGAGAACAGGGAGAGGAGCGAGAGGGAUGGACAAAGUGUGCAGUUGGAGAAGCUAAACAGCAGGGGCACAGAGUACAGGGAGAAGGCAAAGAGACAGAGCAGAGAGACGGAGGGAGUCUUACUGAAGGGCGACUCGGAGGAAAGCAUGUUCUACGACCGCUCUGUGGAUGAACUUUCAGGCCAUGAGUCUAGUUUAACAGAUGAAGGGAUUGUUACAGAGCCAGAGACAGGCCCAAGUGACUCCUCUGAAAGGUCAUUCAUGGGCUUAGCAGGGGUUCAUUUGGGGUCACGAAUCGCUAAGGAUGUGCUCGGGCAGCCUGUCACCGUAUGGAAGCAAUCGGCUCUCCAUCAGGCUGAGGUGUUUAAGCAGGAAAGACAAGAGAUGACAGAGGACAGCGGGAAUUGUACAAAUCGCCUGAACAAUGUCAGCGUACCUCCCUCCUUGCCUCAUCCUGCCCGCAUGGCUGAGAGUGACAGUAUCAUCAUGGAGCUGAGCAGCACUGCUGGUAUCAAUCAUGUCAACACUGUCAGUGAGGAGAUCAACGCCAACAGCGCUGUGUCGCAGAGGUCUGCUGGCACCACAGGAGGAGGAAUUGAAGCUCCUGCAACACCCAGUUCUAUCCGUCGAAGGCGCAAGUUCUCCCCUUCUGGUAUUAACAACACAGGCUCUGAUUCCAGUAAUGGCAGUAACGCAGAGUCAACAAUAGCAGCUGUUGGAAAUGGGGAGUCCACAGUCUAUCGCUCUCUCAGUGACCCCAUGCCUCAGCGGCACUGUUCUGUGACAGAAGAAGGGAAUAAAAUGUUUUCCUCUGUAGACAGCAACCUAUUAGGAUCCCUAUCUGUCAAAGGUGGAGGUGGUGCUCCAGAUGCCACUGCUGUAGCCACGUUGUCAGAAUAUAAGGGCAGUGUGGCCAGUGACUUGUCAGUUUACAGUGAUGGUGGGCUCCGGGAUGAUGCCGUUCAUGACUACAGUGGGGUGAUCAGGAGCAUUGUAGCUGAGCCUGGUGCAAUGGACAGACUUAUGACAGAUGACCAUGGCAAAGCUCCCAAGAAGAAGUCGUUCAGUGACCCCAGUCGCCGUAGCGAUGUCCCUUUACUUUCCCAGAAUAACCCUCAAUUCAAAGGUCAGUCUGGUAGCACUGAGCCAAUCAGUGAGUUGGAUCAACUUGGUCAGAUCCCACCUUCCAGCAGUGAGCCAAUCCUGGGUGAGCAGAGAGAGGAACGGUGGCAGCUAGAAGUGAAGCCUAAAGACGCAUUGCUGACAAACAUAAAAAAAGUAAAAGCUCGUUCCCAGUCUGAAUGCACCCCUCACUCCCACAACCAUGAUGAUGGUGAUGAUGAUGAUCAAGAUGGAGAGGUGGAGGUGCAGAAGUUUAACUUUAACCUCAUGCUGGCUGAAGUUCUGUCCCCCAGAAUGGUGCGUCGGCCAACAAGAAAGCGUCCAAAUAGGCUGGCUCAGUUUUUCCCUCAUGAGGACCCAUUUGAGCCCUCGGAACUGGGUUCAGAGGACCAGGAGGACCACGGUGACCUCACCCCGCCCCUUGCCACACUGCAAUCCAAACCCAGAACGAGAUCCAAGCAUGUCCGCCACGCCAGUGAACCUGCCACCUUCCUCCCCAUCUCCCCACCUCCACAACUCCAGCCACUGAAGGAAGUGGACUCCCUCUCAGUCCCACCUACUGCAGAGCCUCCAACCUCAAGCAAACCUCCAGGAGACGGGGCCCCAUCUCUGGAGACUGUGACCCAGAAAUAUAUUCUGGAACUGAGCACCGCUGAGGGUUCAGGGCCUCCUCCAGCAGCCAGGGAUGGAGCAGAGGGUUCAGUGUUGGCUUUGGAGGGGCCCAGUGAGACCAGCACCAGUGGAAUUACAGAAGCUGGACCACAGAAGAAGAGCACAGAGGACGCUGCAUCCCCAGCUACCCCACAAAAGACCAAGCCCAGAGUGGACAUGAGGAAACAUGUGAUGAUGACCCUCUUGGACACAGAGCAGUCAUAUGUGGAGUCACUACGCAGUCUCAUUCAGGGCUACUUGCGUCCUCUCAAGCAGCCGGACAGCGGCUCCAUAGUGGACCCUCUGCUGGUGGAUGAGAUGUUUUAUCAGAUCCCCGAGAUCCUGGAGCACCACGAGUAUUUCCUGGAGCAAGUCGUCGGCUGCGUCAGCCAAUGGCACGAUAGGCAGACCGUCGGGCACUUCCUCAUCCAAUCAUUCUCCAAAGAGACUCUAGCUAAUAUGUAUUCAGCGUACAUCGACAACUUUCUCAAUGCCAAAGAUGCUGUGAGGAUUGCCAAGGAGGCCAAGCCAGCGUUUCACAAGUUUCUGGAGCACAACAUGCGUGAGAACAAGGAGAAACAGGCUCUGGGCGAUCUGAUGAUCAAACCAGUCCAGAGGAUUCCUCGAUAUGAGCUGCUGGUGAAGGACCUGCUCAAGCACACCCCAGAGGAUCACCCGGACCACCCAUACUUACUGGACGCCCAGAGAGACAUCAAGCGAUUGGCUGAGAGGAUCAAUAAGGGCCGUCGCUCCGCUGAGGAGGCAGAGAGGGAGGCCAGGGUCAUCCAGGAGAUCGAGGCGCACAUAGAGGGAGUUGAACAUAUUCUGAACCCCCAGAGGAAGUUCUUGAGACAGGAAAUGGUCAUGGAGGCGAAGACAGUUGGUGGAAAGAAAGACCGUUCUCUCUUCCUCUUCAGUGAUCUGAUCAUCUGCACCACUCUCAAGAGGAAGUCUGGCUCAUUAAGACGCAGCUCCAUGAGCCUAUACUCUGCUGCAAGUAUGAUUGAUACCUCCAGUAAAUACAAGUUCCUGUGGAAGCUUCCCCUGGAGGAGGUGGAGGUGGUGAAAAGCUCCACUCAGGCAACAAACAAGGAGAGCAUCCAGAAGAUGAUUAGUCGAUUAGAUGAGGAUCUCAGCACUCUGGGUCAGAUCAGCAAACUGUCUGAGACCCUCAGCUUCCCUCAUCAGUCCCUCGACGAGGUAAUAAAGGACCUGAUGGUGUCGGUGCACAGGGAGCUGUCAGAGAAGCAGUCUCUGGCCUUCAGUAUGACUUUCCUGCCCACCAAGCUGGAGUUCACCACAGCCUCCGCCGAGAGCAGCUUCAUCUUCGAGUUCACUUCGCCGGACACGCGGUCCAACUUUGAACAGACCUUUGAAGACGCCAAGAGGAAGUUAGCAAUGAAUAAGGACCAGUGGGACCCAGAGUUUCUGAAGGCUAUUCCUAUUAUGAAGACACGCAGUGGAAUGCAGUUUUCGUGUGCCUCUCCCAGCCACAGCUGCCCCGACAGUGGCUGUGAGGUGUGGGUGUGUAACAGUGAUGGAUACGUGGGACAGGUGUGUCUGUUGAACAUCAAAGAUGAGCCCACAGUUGAGGCCUGCAUCGCUGUCUGCUCAGCGAGGAUCAUAUGUAUUGCUGCCGUACCUGGACUCAAGGGAAGGGAGCGUGGAUCAGAGCCCACCCCGGCCACUGCGUCCGCAGCACCUAGCCACACCCAGCAGCAGCUCCAUAUAUCUAUCUGUCAUUCAGCUGUGGAGCUGACAGAGCAACCCACAGGACCAGGGGCGGAGCUUGUUCCUUUUGACAGUGAUGACACGGACGACGAAGAUUCCCCCAGCCCUUCCUCUACUCUACAGAGUCAGGCCAGUCACUCCACCAUAUCGUCCAGCUAUGGCAAUGACGAGGGCCCAGGCUCCAAGGACAUGGCUACAGAGACCACCAGCAGUGAGGAGGAGCAGGAGUUCCCGGUGGCGAGCACCUACGGAGCUCCCGGGAUGUUGGGGGUUGGCGAAGGAGGCCGUGGCCACACAGAGAGCGCCAUGGACGGCCGCGCCAUGCGCCGCUCCUCUCGGGGCUCAUUCACCAGGGCGAGCCUGGAGGACCUGCUCAGCAUUGACCCGGAGGCCUACCAGAGCUCAGUGUGGCUGGGCACAGAGGAUGGAUGUAUCCAUGUGUACCAGUCCUCGGACAACAUCCGCAACCGUAAGAACAGCAUGAAGAUGCAACACUCAGCCUCCAUCCUCUCUAUAUUGUAUUUGGACAACAAAGUGUUUGUGGCGUUGGCCAGUGGAGAAGUGAUCGUCUAUCAGAGAGAAGCAGGUAGUUUCUGGGACCCUCAGUCUUCUCAGACGUUAGUUCUGGGCACGCCCAGUAGCCCUGUCACCAAAAUGGUUCCUGUGGGAGGAAAGCUUUGGUGUGGCUCACAGAACAGAGUGCUUAUUAUCAACACAACUACAUUAGUACAAGAGCACCGGUUCCAGGUUGGCACAGACAGCAGUCGGUGCGUGACUUGCAUGGUGGCGUACGGUCAGGGUGUGUGGUUGGCGUUGCAGGGAAGUGCACAUGUCAAACUUUACCACGCUCAGACCUUGGAGAGCCUGACGGAGGUGGACGUGGCGCCUGCUGUGCAUAAGAUGCUUGCAGGUGCGGACGCGAUUAUCAGACAGCACAAAGCUGCCUGUCUGAGAAUCACAGCAUUGCUGGCCUGUAAGGAUCUGCUGUGGAUCGGCACCAGUGCAGGGGUGGUCCUUACGCUGGGGAUCCCGGCAGUGAGCUCAGGAACUGGCGCCGGGACACUGAAGGUUCCCCAGGUGCCGAUGGGCUCGGCUCACGGACACACGGGACACGUUCGGUUCCUGACAUCAAUUGAACUACCGGAAGGGUUUGACAUGAACUUCUCUCCGACACCAACUGACUCCACAGGCAACCACUCUCAGAGCAGCAGCACCGUUGACGGGAACCUCCAGAGGCGUGACUCGUCGCGGCGCCGAGCCUCUGCCCUCAUCCCUUCAAAAACCAACCAUCUAGUCAUUUCCGGCGGCGACGGCUAUGAGGACUUCAGACUCACCAAUAGCAGUGAAACAGUCGGACGGGAUGACAGCACCAACCAUCUUUUGCUUUGGAAGGUCUGAGACAAUCAACCCUGAUUUGAACAACCCGCCACCGACCGCCUUUUAGCUGAAGGCGCCGCUCGAGCUCCUGUCCUUUCCCCAUCGGAUUCCUCACUUUUUGGUGUUGUUGUUUUGGUCUUCUGCUCAGUCCACCAGUCUCUCUGUGCAUAUCGUGGCUGCCAACUCCCUCCUGGACUUACUAAUGAAUAGGAUCACUUCAAAGCCAGUUCUGUCGCGUUCAUGUUUCCGAUGGUGUGCAUUGUUGCUCUCUGAGUGGUAUCUGUGCAUGUGUGUUCCGCUUUUUUUGGCAUCUGCAAAUAUUGUCUAGAAAAGUGUCUUUUAUAGUCAAGUCUCCACUGAAAGAGACAGAAAAAGACAGAGAGAGGUGGGGGGGAUGAAACUUUCACACAUGGAUGUGGGGUUAGACUGUGGGGUAAGACGAGAAAGACGGAAGAGGACAGAAUGUCGUAGCACAGGACGUUGAAACUGGACAUCUGAGUGAAGCAUGUACUCGUCCUUUGAACAUUUCUGUGGUGUUUUUUUUGGGUCAUCAACGCUUUACUCCAUCAUCACUUCAUCCUAGCCUGAACUGCAGGCAAAAUGGCGCCUGAUGGUCAGAGGUAAAUGUCGUGUAAAAAUAUAUGAAUGGUAGCUCAGUAAAAUAUACCAUCACA